CUUAUGUAAAGGGGAUUAGAUAACUAAUUCAGUUUUCUUGUGUCUUCUUGUGAAGUGCCACCUAGACGUGCCACCUACAUAGUCAUCAUAACAAACAUCUUUAUAUUAGUGUCUACCUGGUAAAUGGCGAGAGACUCUAGAUUAGAGCAGGAAGCCUCUCAUAUUAUUCUGAGGCAAAGAGGGAGAGAACAUUUCAAUGUCAAAGAGUUAUCAAGUUUGCUUUGAUGCGAAUGAAUUAGAUAAAAGGCAGACACUUAAGUAAAAACCUUGAGAAACUGUGGUUCUGAUGCAGUGUGCUCACUUUCUCUUGCCUGACAGAAGUCAAAGAAGAAAUCAGCUCCUAUGAUCCACUGAGCCGAUGCAACAUUAGCCUCUCAACGGUCUCACCACUUCAACAUGGAGGACUCGACAGAGGUGCGGACAGAUGGAAACUCUUUGCUUAAAGCAGUAUAUCUGUGCCGCCUGAGGUUGACGCGUCUGCUGCUGGAAGGAGGGGCUUACAUUAAUGAGAGUAAUGAGAGAGGAGAAACUCCACUGAUGGUGGCCUGCAAAAGCCACCAUGCUGAUGCUCAGAGUGUGCCAAAACCCAAGAUCAUCAGGUAUCUUCUUGAAAAUGGUGCGGACCCCAACAUUCAGGACAAGUCUGGUAAGACCGCCCUAAUGCAUGCCUGCAUAGAGCGGGCAGGAGAUGAGGUGUUGUCACUUCUGCUCUCCAGUGGAGCUGACCCUAGUUUGGAGGACCACACUGGUUCCUCCGCUCUGGUCUAUGCAGUUAACGCUGGAGACAAGGAUGCACUGAGAGUACUACUAGAUGCCUGCAAGGCCAAGGGCAAAGAAGUUAUCAUCAUUACAACAGACAAACUACCAUCCGGAAGACAAAUGACCAAGCAGUAUCUGAACGUACCACCUCCUCCAAAUCUUGAGGACCGGUUGCACUGUGCCCCUGCGUCAUGUAUGUGCCCUUCUGAAAUUAAACUCUCUACCCCUCUUAUCUCACCACCCACCAGUAACCAAUCUGAGACCCUGGGAUCCACACCAACACUGCCUACAUCCAAGCCAGGAUCACCGACUCAAGAUUCAAGCCCUUUGCAAGCAGCUAGUGUGGCGAAGCUGUUGCAUCUACAGAGGCUUCACUCUGAGCCCUGGCUGAAGAUCCCUCCAUCUCUGCUCCUACAGCAAAGCAAGUCCUCAUCCUUGACCGAGGAGCUUCUAGAUAUCACUUCCGAAGAGGAGCUCUCCUUUGGGUACAAUGGUUGCAGACCUCCACUGAGAGCGACUGUAGCUCGGCACCAAAGCUUCGACGUCAAGGACUCUACUGGUCUGCUUAGAGCCUUUGAGACAACAUCUGAUGCUGAAAGAGAACUAACAAAAGAACAGAAAUGGCUCAGUAGAAAAAUGUCCUAUGAUGGGGAGUUGCUACCACACUCUUCCUCACAUCAGAACCUCAAACAGGCAUCCAUCUCAGAUGCUGCCCCUGUGGCCCGGGACCCAGACUGUCUUCCCAACCUGGCCGUUUCAAGCCUACGCAACGUGUUUCGCCGGCGCAACAUCGGAAUGGACCACUACAGUUCUGACUCUCAGUUGCCUCAAUUUGGGAGCCAACCCUCUGAAGACCUCGGGAAGACUGGAGGAGGAACCGGGGGGACGGAGAAACGCAAGCUUGUUACCAGCCGCUCCUCCACUCUCUCUGGAUCCAGAGAAUCUCUGGAGAGUCUCGUUCAGAGGAGGAGCCCGGCCAUGCUGGAGCGGAGGGGAUCCGGAGCCCUGCUCCUAGAUCAUAUCUCACAGACCCGGCCUGGUUACCUGCCACCUCUCAAUCCGCAUGCACCCAUUCCAGAUAUUAAAGUCAAUACCAGUGUUGGAGUGAAUAGUGGAAGCAAGCCUGUGGCAGGAACUACACCCAUUGUUUCUGGAUCGAGGCAUUUUGUGCCCUGUGCCCCGAUCCAUCCCAGAGAUCACAAAAAUAAGAAGAGUCUGCUAAGACGACACUCCAUGCAAACCGAGCAGAUCAAGCAGCUGGUCAAUUUUGAAGAGAUCUUUGGGCAGUAAACACCCCAAAGGUAGGUUGGGGUAAAUAUAGAGAUUUAAUGUCAUGUCAGUCUACACUAAGUCUGAAAUCUGAAGCGAAUAAAUGUUAGAUUGAAAUACGAUUCAUAAUAAACAUCUCAACCACCUCCUUUAUGCACUUUCCAGACUGGACAAUGGGAGUAUAUGUUUGUUUUGAUCAUAAACUUUACUGCACUUUACUUCUGUUCUUUGUGCUCUCACUCAUUAGUGUACUGAAUCAGAAAAUUGACACUUUGUUGCUGUUUAAGGCACUGCUUUCUCUUUGAACCUGAUUCAUAUCUGCAGUGUCUUAAUAUUUACAAAACAAGAAAAUAUUGUGACCUUGUA